AGUGACUGACUGACUGCUGUCAUUUCAGCCAAGUUAGCAUUUAGCAUCAGCGUAUGACAAGUUCAUGCCGUGAAGAAUUACAUGACUGCGUCCUGUUCUCAAGUGUACCGCUCCGUGUUCGUGCCGUGCAGUGUGAUGACCGAAGUCAUGAUCAGCAGCACCCCAGUGGAGGACAUGCGGCUCAGCCCAAGCAAAGACCGCCUCACCUUCCAGAUCUUUCCGGAUCCAUCAGACUUUGAGCGCUGCUGCAAGCUGAAGGACCGCCUGCCGUCCAUCGUGGUGGAGGCCACCGAGGGCGAGGUGGAGAGCGGAGAGCUGCGCUGGCCUCCUGAGGAGUUCCUCGUCAGCCAGGAUGACGAGGAGGAGGAGUAUGAGGACGAUGAGGAGGAAGAGCAGAGUGACGGGCAGCAGAAACAGCAAGCACAGAACUCUCAGCAAUAGAACUGAACAGCACCACUGACUGUUUAACACGUGCACAUACAGACACGCACGGUUCAUCUGCGAGGAGGAAGAGGGAGGAGGAAGAGGAGGAGGAACGGCUGGAAAGGACCGACGCGACCCACACAAACCCAGACUUCCGACACCCCGUAAUGAUCCUGCACUGGUGCUAAAAUGAAGACACGAGCUUUUACCCUCGCAUUCACAAUAUGAGGGGCUAGAAACACGCCGAGUGCAUUUACACGUAGAUAAAAUUAUGCAUACAUUUGUAUUAACUAGUAUGUGUGGAGUUUGGCAUGUUCUUUCACAUCUGUGUGGGUUUCCAGUGUGCCAGAAGGUGGAUUGACUGAUCGAAAUUGCUCUUGGAUUUGAUUGGGUAAAUGGUGAGUGUGUAAUUUGGGUAAAAUCGAUCAAUGCCCUGACCAGGGUGUGUUUCCGGGUCGGCUCCGGAUCCACUGCGACCCUAGUCAGGAUGAGACAGUUGAUCAGAAGACAUGAAAGUUUAAAAAUACUAAUAUGUUUGUCUUACUAGUUGCGCAACUGAAGCAUUCGCCUGGUUGCCAAAUAUCCAAAUUCCAUAUAAUGAUGUACCCCAGUAUUUUCAAAGCUACCAGGGGUGGCACUUCCCCAACAUAUUUACUUUUAUCUACAGUGUAUCAUAGUGUAGUUUAUUUUUAAAGCACUGCACUUAUGUUGAUACAGUAUUAGUGGCAUGUUUAAAGCUGGACAGUAUGCUGAACAUCGGACUGUCCGAUUGAGACCUGAAUACCUGGCAACCCUGCUCUGGUACAUCAAAUAAAUAUUAGUGUCACACUAUUACAAGAGCAUCACUCACAUCUUCGUGCAAUCUCGAGCGGCCAGUCAACCCUCGACUGUUUUGGUAGGUGGAAGGAAUUCCGAGUGACCCAAACGGACACGUAAGGAGAACAUACCAAUGUUAAACCCUGGUCCACACGGCCCAUGAUGCUACCAGUUGCAUCAUCAUGCUGUUUUUUUAUAAAAAGCCUGAACAGCACACAUGCGAUAAAUAACCAGGGUGAACCAGGGUCGAUCUUUGUCUCUGGUCACUCUGAGCAGUUUUGCAUGUUCUCCCCACGUCUGCAUCUUUCUACCUUUCGAAAACAUGCCAGACGCUCUAAAUUUCCCCCCAAAUAUGAGUGAGUGCGAAUUGUGCCUGUAAAGUGCCCUGCAUUUAGGAUGUACUCAUACCUUGUGUCCAGGGGUGCUUACACACCAUGACCAGGAUAAAGAUGUCUCUGAUCACUGAGCAGUUUUGCAUGUUCUCUCCAUGUCCGCAUCUUUCUACCUUCCAAAAACAUGCCAGACGCUCAAUUUCCCCCAAAUAUAUGAGUGUUAGUGCAAAUUGUGACUAAGAUGCCCUGCAUUUAGGAUGCAUUCAUACCUUGUGUCCAGGGGUGCCUACACACCAUGACCAGGAUAAAGAUGGCUCUGGUCACUGAGCAGUUUUGCAUGUUCUCUCCAUGUCCGCAUCUUUCUACCUUCCAAAAACAUGCCAGACGCUCAAUUUCCCCCAAAUAUAUGAGUGUUAGUGCAAAUUGUGACUAAGAUGCCCUGCAUUUAGGAUGUACUCAUACCUUGUGUCCAGGGGUGCCUACACACCAUGACCAGGAUAAAGAUGGCUCUGGUCACUGAGCAGUUUUGCAUGUUCUCCCCCUUUCUGCAUCUUUUAACCUUUCAAAAACAUGCCAGAUGCUCUAAAUUUCCCCCUAAUAUGAGUGAGUGUGAAUUGUGACUAAGAUGCCCUGCAUUUAGGAUGUACUCAUACCUUAUGUCCAGGGGUGCCUACAGACCAUGACCCUGAUCAGGAUGAAGAUGUCUCUGGUCACUGAGCAGUUUUGCAUGUUCUCCCCACGUCUGCAUCCUUCUACCUUCUAAAAACAUGCCAGACGCUCUAAAUUUCCCCCUAAUAUGAGUGAGUGCGAAUUGUGACUGUAAGAUGCCCUGCAUUUAGGAUGUAUUAAUAUCUUGCGUCCAGGGGUGCCUACACACCAUGACUCUGAUCAGGAUAAAGAUAAUAAAGUGAAAUUGAGUGAUCAUUUAUAAGCGAAUCACUAUGUAGGUGCACUUACUGUUUUUCUAACGGCGUUUGUGUGUUUACCCGUCUCGUUUCCAACGUUUUGCGUACUCGUCCUGCACUUGCUCGACACGUUCUUACACAUAUACUUAUGCAGCCAUGACUAAGGAGGCCUUCAAAUCCUGGAUUGUUCUGUUUUUUAGACUAGAGCAAAGAAUAUCUGAUGAAGGACUUGUGGACUCUGACUUUUCCAGCAUUUUUUAUUUUUGGUUAUUGGGAGGGGAGGGUCUUUUCUGUUGUUGAGUGGAGGUGAGGUUGGUUUAGGGCUUCCUGCAGCUUUUCUUCCAGUAAAAUUCACACUUAGGUGACGUUAAACAGGCAGCACUGGUGGAGCUUUCAUGUUUAUGUUCCAGUUGGGGUUUUUUUUUUUUUUUGGACGCACUGAAAACAGAUUGUAAGUCGCUAAAUCUGAUUGGGAAGGACCUGAACGCUCCACUGAAUACUGUAUGUAAAUAGUAUUUGUAUGCACAAGUAGUCAUUUCCACUGUGAAUAUUCCUGAGCGUAUAGUCUCUGUACACAGACACCUUUUCACGUAGCCGUAGUGUACCAUGGUUUUCAGUACGACGUCGAUCAAAUCUGUCGUUAACGUUUCGGAUCCUGACCCUUUAGUGGAAAGGUCACACAAGGACACCUUGGCACUGACACACUGACAUGUGUAUUUGUAUGUUGACACCAGGUCUCGCCUUUAUUUUCAUCUCCCUUCUGUGUAAUCUUGUUAUGUUUUUCGACUUUCUGUACAUGUAUAGAGGCUUCGAUGGACGUCACGUAUGUGGAUCCGUUUGUGUGUCGAGGUCGAGCUCGUCUUCACGUCCUCCGUGUGAAGCGCAUGUAGAUUCGCUGUGUAUUUUAUGUACAGCUCAGGGAGAAUAGCUGCCAUUUUUCUCUUGGUGUUCAUUCUUCUCUCUACCACUUUUGUUGUAAAUAAACAUUUUGAACCUUUACAAAA